AUGACCUUUUUUUCUACCUCGACAGAAUCCAGUUCCUUCGUUGCAGCCGGUACAACGUCGACGCUCUAUGCUAUUGACGAAAAUACCGUCAUCAAGCUCCGUCCCCCACCAAGUUCCUCAUCAAGCGAUUUCGAGCGGCGAGCUUACGAUAUCGAAGUUCGCUGUUAUAAACGACUUGGGCACCAUAAACAAAUUGUAUCGUGCGAAGUGACCGAGGAAGGUCUCCUACUAGGACGGGGAACUUGUCUUCGCCGCACACUUCAGAGUGUUAGCGAUUUAGACGUGAAGAUUCGAUGGGCGCAGGAAGCCGCGAAUGGUCUUGCAUAUAUCCAUAGCAAGGGAAUCAUCCAUGCAGACAUUGGUUGUCACAAUAUCAUUGUGGACGAUACUGGGCACGUCAAGUUUAUUGACUUCGCGGGCUCCGGCAUUGACGAUGAAGCCCCGUUAGUCUGCUACGAGUGGUGUAGCUUCCAGGCUGGUAAUGAAAUCGGCAUAGGUACGGAUAUAUUUGCUUUCGGGUCAAUGCUUUUUGAACUGGAAACAGGGCGUGUGGCCUACAGUGAGUUGCAAGAUACUCUGGGGAUGGGGAGGCUAAUGACAGUUGUUGGGGAAUUGUUCGCAAAGAAGAAGUUUCCACCUGUGGAGAUGCUGGUUUUCGGGUCUGUCAUAUCUGGUUGCUGGAAUGGCAAAUACAUUUCAAUGGAGGAAGUCCGUCGAGAUAUCGCUCAGUGUGAGGAUUAUUCGGAGGAAAUGUUGUGA